CGCUAGUAAAACAAAAAAGGUUUAUGUGCAUAACCUAAAAAAAUAAAAACGAAAUACAAAAUUUAAAGGCCCCCAGAUUCUUUGGGACUGUUGGACAACAAAGGGCUAUUAUUUAUCAAAGAAGAAGAAAUUAAAAGGUGUGCGGUGCCAGAGUGGUGAGGCAGACAUGUCAUUAACAUUAGCAAAAAUAUUAUUCAAUUUCACUCCUCUACGAGUUUGCAGCACAAAAUAUCAGCGAAACGAAGUUACAACGCUCUACAAACAUCUUUUAAAACAGUGUCAGAAGCUGCCCAAAGGUCCAAAGGAACAUUAUCAAUUUAUGAUUAAACAGAGCUUCAAACAGCAUAUUAACGAAUCCGACCCAGAACGAGUGAGACAGAUUGUGAAAAGAUCUUAUGAGGACUGUGAGUGGAUAUUAAAAAAGUAUCUGACGAAGUAAAAAUAAUGUUCCUGCUGCCACUAGCAAGAAGCUCCACCAUUAUUAUACCCCAAAAAUGAUUCUGGGAAGUUGUGGUGUUGUAUUGUACCAAAAACAUUCAACAAUCAUUGUACCAAUGAUCUUGACCCCGUCAUUAGCUUGUUGCCUAUACAUUUUCAACUAUCAUGCCUGGUAGCAGUGACCAACUGGAGACAAGCAGUAGAGGAUUUUUUUGUUCAUCUUUAGUGAAUUUAUUUUGUAUUUUCAUUAUUUUGUUAACUAAUGCUAAUAAAUAAAUAAAUAAAUAA